GCAUCAGCUCAACAUUAAUAGUUUGGCUUUGAAAAUGCAAGGUGCGGUGGUGUAGAAACCUGGGCGACAUGACGUCUGCCAUCGCUUUCCCAUGAAUCAUCCUCAAUCACGCUCAACACCAUGAAAACCUCACAACCGCCUUCUCCUCGCCUCUAUGUCGGGAAAUACCAACUCCGACAUCCUUCUUGCCGGCGCAUUCGCAGCAUUCACAAUUGACCUCCUCGUCUACCCCCUCGACACUCUCAAAACACGAAUUCAGUCCCCAAACUACGCCCGCAUAUACACCAAUGCCGCGACCAGCGCCGUCAACAAGCCCGCGCUCUUCCGCGGGCUAUACCAAGGUGUGGGUAGUGUCAUAAUAGCCACUUUGCCCUCCUCAGGAGCAUUCUUCACAACCUACGAACGCACCAAAGCCCUCCUAACCCACCUCAACCCCACCACGGCCUCCUCCCCCCACGGCCUCAUCCCGACCCCCCUCGUCCAUGCCGCCGCCUCCUCAGCCGCUGAACUCGUCUCCUGCGCCAUCCUCACCCCCGCCGAAGUCAUAAAGCAAAACGCGCAGAUGGUCGACUCGACCGCCAAGACCAGCACCAACCCGACCCUCCAAACCCUCGCCAAGUUCCGCUCGAACCCGCUCGCUUUAUGGAGGGGUUACACUGCGCUCGCGGGGCGCAAUCUGCCGUUUACGGCGCUGCAGUUCCCGCUGUUUGAGCGGUUGAAGCAGGGGAUUCGGGAUCGGCGGGAGCGGAGGGGCAAGUUGAGGGGAGGGCUGGUCGAGAGUGGGCUUAUCACGGCGGUAAGCGCGGGCACGGCGGGCGCAGUGUCGGCGGUUGUCACAACGCCGGUAGAUGUGGUCAAGACACGGAUUAUGCUCGCAGCCACGGGGGAUGCUUCGGCGGCUCAAGCGCUGAAUCCGCUGGUGCGGCCGGAGGAGAAGGGACGGAAGAGCGCGUUGGCUAUUGGGCGAGAGAUUAUGAGGGAGAAGGGGUGGAGGGGCUUGUGGAGGGGUGGUGCGCUGAGAGGUGUGUGGACGAUGAUCGGGAGCGGAUUGUAUCUCGGCGUCUACGAGAGCGGCCGGAUAUAUCUGGCCGAGAGGGGAGGAGAGAGCAUCAACGAGGAAGACUUGUUUUAG